AUGGAUGCAAUUGUUAGCUUGAAUACUCUAAGUACAAGAGUGACACCAUCUUCACUUCAAACUGCAUGCAUGGCUGCUCAUCGUCCAGGGAGGGAUGCUACCCUGCCAAUCCUUUUCUUCAAGAUUAUUCUUAAAACUAAUCUUGAAAGGCUUAAAAUACCUAACAAAUUUACAAGCAAAUAUGGAGGAGGCUUGCCAAAUCCAGUGUUUAUCAAGCCUUUGGAUGGCACUCAAUGGAAAGUGAAUUGGACAAAACAGAACGGAACUUCUCAGAUUGAUGUACUCAUACUUGACCAAAGUGCACUAGAGAUAGACUAUCUUUGUGACACUUGUGAUGAAAAUGAAACCCUCGAUCAUACUCAUGAGGCACCCAAUACGAUUUUUGGUGAAUGGCCAGAUCAGAAAGCUGAAAAAAUGAGAGGAGAAGAGCCUAUUGAAAGAACUUCAUCAUUGAAUAUGCCAACGCAAAGUAGAGCAAAGGAAGUAGCAAGAAAUUUCAUCUCAUACAAUCCUUUCUUCACGGUUUUCAUAAAGCCUGUUCAUGUAGCAGAUGGCCGGCUGCCUUUACCAGAUUUGAAAGGUAUUAUUGAGAACAAGGAGAAGUAUCUGAAGCUGCAGCUUGGGGAAAGAUCAUGGAAUGUUAAGUUGCUCAAUAAUAGGCUCUCUGCUGGUUGGACCUCGUUUGCAAGUGAAAGUGAAUUGCAACCAGGAGACGUUUGUGUAUUUGAACUGAUUAACAGGGAGGAUUCGGUUUUUAAAGUUCACGUCUUCAAAAGACACUGUUAG